AUGAUAUUGCAACAGCAGAGGUCGACCUGGAAGGAAAACGAAGCCCUCAUUGACGAAUGCAUGAGCGCUCUCCGCGAGAUUGAAAUGAAAAUGACACUCUUUUCAGGCGUCGCCGUCGUCACCGGCGCUGCUUCAGGAAUCGGCCGCCAGGUGGCAAUCUCAUUCGCCCGUGAGGGCUGCAAGCGCAUCGCUCUGCUCGACAGAGAUGAGGACGGCGCGCUGGAGACAGCUCGUAUGUGCCGGGAGGCCAACGGGGAGACGCGCACUUUUGUCAUGGAGAUUGACAACCGGAACGACGAGGACAUUGCUUCGUGCAUGGAGAAUGUUGUGGAGGAAUGGGGCCGGAUCGAUUAUGCAGUCAACUGUGCUGGCAUGUUUGGACCAAAAGCACCGUCACACCUCCUGACACCCGCCGAGUUUGACGAGAUCACCAACAUCAACUACCGCGGCACAUGGUUGUGCUCGCGGGCGGAGCUCACGCACAUGAUCAAGCAGGAAUCCAUGAAGACACACGACGGCAGACCAGGAAACCGGGGCGUCAUUGUCAAUGUUGCGAGUAAUCUCAGCCUAGUUAGCCGGCCAGAGACACCGGCCUACAACGCUUCCAAGGCAGCUAUCUUAAUAGCGCCUAUGAAGCGGAAAGGAACGCCGCAAGAAGUCGCCGAUGCCGUUUUGUUUCUCUGCAGCUCCAAGGCGUCCUUUAUCCACGGCGCCUCGUUGUCCGUUGACGGCGGCUACGUUAUCAACUAA